AUGGCAAUCAAACUGUUUACCCUUUUGGCCAUUGGCCUGGCCCUGGCCGCCGUUAGCGAUGCUCGUCAUGUGGCUGGACACCGCUUCCAGCAGCAGCAGCGCGGUCUAAUUGCCAAGCCCCAUGGCGCCCAAAGUCGCGUCUUUCCUGGCGCGGUGGCCAUCAAGAAGCUGGUGCUGCUCAAGUUCAAGAAGAUCGUGCCCAUUUCGCUGAUCCUGCUGAAGUCAAGCAACGAUAACGAGGCCGAGCUUGUGCCAGUUUAUCCCACCGAUCAGAUACCCGAGAAUGUCCAAUUCAUUCCCACGCCCAACGGCAUUUCCGGCCACAAGGAUGUGCAGGCUAUUGCUAUACCCAGCGAGCUGCACGAUCAGCUCCAGAUCAACGGUCUCUCCAAUGUAGAGAACAUUGAGGCUCUGCUUCAGGGCAGCUCCAUAAUUGCGGACGAUGCUCAGACCGAGGAUGGCGCCAAUGCCCCAGUGGGCAACACCAUUGCCGUGGCCCAGCCCGAGGAUGCGCCAUUGCAGCAGAACGACAACGACGAUACCCAACUGCUAGAGGGUGCCACUGUGCCCGCUCCGGAGGCCGCUGUACCCGCCUCGACCGGCCCCAGCACACGCCGCCUCUCCAGCAACGAGCUGCUCCGCUCCGGCGUGCGCAACUCGGCGCAGCAGCAGAAGACCAGCGUCGAGGAGAUUCCCCUCCUGCUCUACUCGGCCACAGAUAGCGGUGCACCCGGCCAGGAGGUGUUCAGCGAGCGCCGUUUCGUUGCCGCCACCCCAGCGCGUCGUCGCCAUCAGCAAUUCUACAACUAA